UAGAAGCUGUUUGCCAAGCUAAAAAAAAUAGCAAGAAGAAGAUUGAGGCCGGAAGUAAAACUCAGGACCCGAGACCUGCAUGAGCCGUUAUUUUUUUAACUGCAUGGAUUUCUGCGUUUCCAUGUUUCCCAUUGGAAUUUAAAACAAUCUCCGUUGCAAAGAAUUAAGCAAAGUAAGCAACCAUGUUUAUCACCCUGGCUCUGCUGCGUAAGGGCAUCCCAGGCAAGCAGUGGAUCGGCAAGCACCGGCGUCAGCGGCCCAUUACGUGGCAGAUGAAGCGUAACACAGUCAAGCACCUGGAACGCGAGGCCCAGAAUGAAUACUGGCUCAGUCGGCCCUACCUGACGAUUGAGCAGGAGCUCGGAAGUGCUGCCGAGCGCCGCACGCAAAACUUUCUACGCAUUAAGGAGGCGAAGUUUAACAACUUCCCUCAGCACAAGACUGUAACUGAUCACUUGGCCCACCUCGGAAUCUCUAAGAACUGGGCCGCUUAACUCAUUGACGUCUAAUGCCAUCAAUGGCAGUGAAUGAGUCAACGAUCGGGUUUGGACUCGGGAAGACCUUUUGAUGUGUCCUGAAUUAUUGUGAAGCAGGACUGAGAAUGAGGAAAAUCGUUGUCGCAGCUCAAUUUUCCUUUUCACUAGAGGUGUAUGUACAGCUUGCCUAUGCACUUGUAUUACUCACACAUAAACUCAUUUGAAAUACAACAAGUUUUGCAAUGCC